GUUCUGACGUUUGAACCGGAUUGGCGCUCCAGGCGGUGGUUGUAACUUUAUGACAUUCCGAUGUUCUUUCAAAACAUAGUCGUCCACAGUUGAAGAGUUUAAUUUAAAAGACUCACGGAAAAAAGGUUUUGGAGACUUUUCCCAGACACAACCCUCCCUCCAGCAGUGGCUGCUGAGUUAGGCUGCAGGCACAGAGAGACUGAGAGGACACCUGAAAAAUGUCUGCUAGGCAAUCAGUGUGCGGCUUGAUUGGAUUGCUGGAAGAGGAAUGCUUGCCAGAAGUUACGCUCCUUGACUAUACAUUUGACUCAGCUCUUCCUGGUAGCGUGCCUGCUACUCCUGUAACCGCUGGGUCUGUGAAAAGCAGGAUUACCUCUCUCCAGUGUUCCCAACUGACUUCAUCCCCAUAUUCAAACACCACGACUAAAACAACCUGCCCUCUGAAUAAGAGCGUGGAUCUUACCCAAUCUGAUGUUAACAGAUUCACAGGGGAAAAUGAUACUCGCAAUACUAAACCUAAAGUGGAUGGCAAGAAAAUGUUGUCAGAAACAAGCUCAAUUGACAGUACAAGUGAUAAAGAAAAUAACGAAGGCCACUCUCCUGAACUGUCCAAACAUGCUUGGACAACAACUACCGACUUUGAUGAUAACAUGAAAGACCUCUCAGAGAGUAUGUGCGCUCCUUUGUGCUGGAUGGAUUGCCGAUACUUCCCAGAAAUUACUCUUCUUGAAGUUACGCGUGAUUCUGAGCCAUCAGAAGUCGAGGACUUAUCCUCCAUGGACGUCACACAGGAUAGAACACCAGUGGCUAAUUUGGAAAACAACAUGCCUCCUUCAGAGUCCAGCAAAAAUAGUGGGACGGAGCCUGACAGGUGGAAUAUGGUUCAAAGAGAAGAAUUGUCAAGUAGUAGUACCAUUACCGGAAAUGUCACCCACUCCACAAUCUCCUUUAGCGAAAAAUCUGAUAAAAGUGUGGGAGGGAACGUAACGCAAACAUUUCUGGAACUAACGCAGGAUAUUUCUACAAGCAGUGUUUUGGAAAAUCGUAGGCCUACAUUGGAGCCCAUCGGACCAAACAUGGUGAAGAUUGAAACAUCAGCUGAAAAAACAUUUGGUACCCAUCCUGCUAAUGUCACACAUGACAUAAGCUCCUCGAGUGACAUGUCUGUUCAGUGUGCUGAAUCACAGCUCUCUGCCUCUGAUGUGCAGUGCAACAGUAGUUUAAAGACAGUCACCUCUGAGCUUCAUGUUGAACCUGUGCUUGACGUUAAUACUCUGGAAGCCAAUGACAAGUUUCUUACCAGCCAUGAUGCUGAAGUGACUACCAAGGAGACACCACCAAGCCCAAAAACCUCUGGGUCUGUUAACGGCAUGUUUACCUCCCUCCAGCCCUCUCAAUCGAGUCCCUCCAUGGAUUUAAACACCACUGCUGAAACACCCAGCCCUCAGAACAAGACUCUGGAUCUUUCUCCAUCUAAUGUAAACAGCUGCGAAGCGAAGAGUCAGGCUGCAGUAGAGGCUUCAGUCAUUAGCAACACUACCGAAGUUUCCGUGAAUCAAAAUUCUUCUGCUGUAAAGGCAAGUGGUUCAGGUGACAUGCUGAAUGCCACUUUUGACAGAGACCCUCUUAAAAAAUCCAGUGCCGGUUCUAUUUUAGCGGAAGCUAGUGCAGGAACCUUUUGCCUCGAAAACAACACUUUCGAUGCUAAACUUCUCCCUAAGGAAAAUGGCACAAUAACUUUGUCAGAAUCAGGCUCCAAUGACAGUCACCAGAGCACUUUUGACAAGCUCUCUCUUAAUGCAACCAGUAGCCCUAAAGAAAAGACUUCUGUGGCACACCAUCCUGAACAGAAUAGGACUACAGAUAAAGACUCUAUUGCCAAGACGGCUGCGACCCCUGAGAGCAAGUUUGAAGCCUAUACAGCUGUUGAGGUGAAUUCUGGAGCUAUUCGACGUAAAACUCAAGAUCUUUCACAAUCAGGUCUGCCUGUGACGGAUGGUCUUUCCGUCAGUUUGGCCCAUCAAAGCAUGGACACGGAAAGCAAAGAAAACACGUUCGACUUUGAUGAUACCCUUGACUUAAAGGUGGACUCUUUGGUCACUUCAACACCAAUGAUUACAAGGGAGGAGGGCAAAAUCUUAUUGGGACAGAGAAAACUGUAUGGGGACGGUCCCUUUAAGCCGGAGGGUCAAGUGCCGUCUGAGGUCCCAUCAAACCUUGUCUGCGACCGGAAAACUUUCUUGACGCUUCCAGCUGCUAAAUCCCUUUUGCCUCCAUUGAAAGCUGCAUCCCAGUUGCUGAAACACACGACGGCCUCCGCGCUUCCAGGAAGACUUGAGGCGUUGACAUUAGGACAGACCAUGACGAGACAGAGAGCCCAAGCCGAGGCUCUGAGAAAUACUGCUGCUUCUGCUGAUCCUCCACAGACUGCAGGAAUAUCAAGCUCAUACAAGUUACGUGCAACAACAACAACAGCAACAGGAUCCAAGCAACCCAACUCCGGCUUGCAAAGGCCGCAGUUAAGUGGAAUACCGACGGGCAUCCAGAGAGCUGCGACAGGUCUCAGACCACCAUCCAUGAGAAACCACGCAUCAUCUUCUUCAAGCACUAACAAACUCCGUGGACCUACAGGAGCUGCUUCUCCUGGGGCGAAGACUUCACAAGCAAAGAAGCAGCCAUUAACCAGAGGUGAAACUUUGCCAAUAGCAAAGAGGAAGAAAAUGGAUACUUCCUUAUCGAGCGGUAAUGCUGAAGCCUCAACAUCUUCCUGUGAUACUGCAAACAGAAUCAAAAACCUCAAACGGCCAGCAACCACUAAGAGAGCUUUGCCAGCCAAAACCCAAAGGGAAGAAGCUGCAGUGCCAGCCAAAACUUCUGAAAUCUCAACAUCCUGUGCCGCUGUUAGCAGAGCCAAAGCCCAUAAACUGACCGGCCAUAGAGCUCAGUUUGCUAAACCUAAAGGCCAUGGUUGCGCCAACUGUGCUGCGCUUGAACAGCAACUCAAAACGCAAUCAGAAGAAAUAAGGAGACUAAAAGAAGAGCUGCUGAAGAAAAGUAAAGAAGAAGAAUGCUGAUAAUAAACAUUCCAUAUAACAAUUGUGUUUAAAAGAGUUACCACUUGUUUUUUGUUUUGUUUUUAAUUGCUCAAUAAAGUAGCAUGUUUUUAAAAAAGUGUGGUGAAUUAACACUUUGCCCGCUGGGUGGCACCAUAA